CGGGACCCUCGCAAGUGCCGGUACCACCAUUCGGGCAGUGGCCCUGGCCUAUGUACAAUACUUUCGUGCCAUGGGGGAAUCCGGCUCCGCCCGACCAGGUGGUACCGUACGCUGGACCCCAAGCGAGUAUGCCGCCUCCGAGCUACCCCGCCGCUCAGGCCCAGCCAUGGCGCCACCCCCAUCGCCCGCACCAAGCUCACAUGGUAGCGUGGCACGUGGAGGUAAUCAAGGCCAGGGAAAUCAGGGGAAUGGAGGGAGAGGUGGAGGAAGAGGACGUGGCAGAAAUGGUGGUGGUCGAGGAGGCCAAUGGGAUAACCAAGGUUACCAGGGCCAGGGAAACCAAGGUAACCAAGGGAGCAAGGGAAGCGGGAGAACCCGCUUUGAUUGGAGGACCGCCAUAUGCCAACAUUGUGACAAGCAAGGUCGCACCAUACAGUUUUGCAAUACAAGGCGGGAAGAUGAAAGAGUGGGACUGAUCUACUCCAACAUGGAUGGUGACAUAUACGAUCAGUUCGCAGGGUACAUUGACAGGAAGGUCCCUGGAGGUGUGAGGGCGGAAGCCCAAAGAAGGGUGGCUGCACGGCAAGCGCCGCCUGCCACGUUCAGGUUAUGGCAGGAGAAAGAAGACCCACCAAUUAGAGUGGAAGAGGUGGGAAGUGAUGAGGAAGUGACCCAGAGGCUGCGGGCAGGGGAUAUAAAAGAAGAGCCCAUAGUCGUUGAGUCCGAGAACGAGGAGGAGGAGGAGAGAGUAGAGCGCCCCUCAAUCUUGUUGGGAAAGAUGGAAGACCUGUUGGACAAACUGGGAAGAUACCAACAGAAGUUGGUGGACCUCUGUGAAGGAGUGAAGGAAUGGAGGGCCAACAUCCCCAAGGGUCACAACGACCUUAUGACCCUAAAGGAGAUCUUGGCGUCGACACCUAAGCUCCGGGACAGACUCAAAGGGAGAUUGUCGCGACGCUUGGUGCCCAACGUUCAUCUAAGUAUGAUCCUGCCUAAGGAAGCAGAGUGGGUGGAGACGGGGACAAAGAUGGACUGGAAGUGCGUAGCUUGUGGCACGGUGGAUUUGGUGGGAAAGGGCUCCAAGUGCUCAGCCAUGGUAGAUACAAGGGCGGAAAUGAAUAUUAUCCGGGAGGCUGAUGCGAUCAGGUUCGAAUUAGAGAUAGACCGCUCGGAUUGCGGUAUCCUGCAUGGAGCCAACUGUAAAGCAGUGUUUUGCGGGACAGCCUCAAAUGUACUUAUCGAGGUUGGAAGAGUAAAGGCCAGGGCAUGCUUCUUCGUUAUGCCUGACGUGGACCACAUGAUUCUUUUGGGAAGGUCCUUCCUAUGCAAGACAGAGGCAUUGAUGUUUAACAAACACGAUGGAACUCUGAUCCUUAUCAUGUGUGACCCUGCCUGUGGGAAUUAUGACGUAAUUACCUGCAGAAAUACGGGGCCCCGAAGCAUAAGGAGCCGACCUAACCCAGACUCAUUCAUGAUUGAGGAGUCAGAGGGCGAGCGCCAGAGACUCCUUGCGGAACCAGUAGAGGAGGAAAGAGUCGAGGCGUUCUCUCUCAGCUUGUCAGACGUGAAUAAAGCCAUGGACAUUGUGGCCACACACGAGAUGGCGGAUCCGGACACCAUCCAGGCAUCAAGGGAGCAGCUCAAGCAGGGUUCCCAAAGGCGGUACAAGACGAUAGAUAAAAAGUGCCGCCCAGUUCCCGUCCUCGUUACCGAAGAUGAGGAAGUGUAUUAUGAACGGGAACGAGGUUUGAUACGACAAAUGAAGGAGAAUGCCGCAGCAGGACCAUGUCGUAUCAACGGAGGGAACCAAGGGAAGUUGAUAAUCGGAGAGCCUGACUUCCUACUGCCCCAAGAAAGAGCAUUAAUGGUGGAGCUAAUGAAGAAGAGGCAUCGCGCCUAUGCGUUCGGUGAUGAGGAGCGCGGCAGGUUGACUGUGGACAAGAUUCGUAUGAUCCGCAUCCACACCGUGCCGCAUGAGCCAUGGAACUUGAGAGGGGCGCGAUAUCCUAAUCCUGACGAGGAAAAGAAGGUGGUAGACUACCUCGACGGCAAGAUACUAAGCAUGUCGAGCGGGUCGUAUGCAUCCCCAUGGUUUUGCUUCAUCAAACCCAAUGGGACGUUGCGAUGGGUGCAAGAUCUGUCAGUGACGGCAAUGCAUACGCCUCGGGGGUUGAUCCAGAUGCAUGUGGUCCCACAAGGGUGGACCAACGCAGUAGCAAUGGUUCAGCCGGCCAUGAUCAGGGCCAUGCAAUCAGUCAACCCUCAUAUCACACAACCAUAUAUCGAUGACUUAGCGGUGAAGGGGCCAACGGUGAAAGAGAAUGACGAAGUCUUGCCAGGAGUGAGACGUUUUGUCUGGAAGCAUAUUCAGGACCUUGAGAAAGUCCUGAAUCUGCUUGAAGAACAUAACCUCACUGCAAGUGGGGCCAAAUCCAGACACUGCAUGAGGGAAGCUACUAUCUUGGGGUUCGUCUGUAAUGAGAAGGGUCGUCGGCCGGACGUAAAGAAGACGGACAAGAUUAUUGAGUGGCCAGUACCAUUCCACUCGAUAACUGAUGUUAGAAGCUUCCUCGACACAUGUGGGUUUUGGAGGAUUUUCGUCAAAAACUUCGUCGCCAAGAUAGAGCACUUGAGAAAGUUGGUUCGUCAGGAUCAGGAGUGGGUCUGGGGUGAAGAGCAGGAGAGAGCGGUGGCAGAAAUGAAGGAAGAGUUCAAAGAAGGAGGAUGGCCGACAUACAUCUGGAUGUUUAAUUUUGAGCUGGAACGAAUCCCUGGGAAUAAGAACAGCGCUGGCGGGCUGAGCCGUAUCAACUGGGGUAAGCAAGAGGGGGAGGCGAUAGAAGACACGUCCUCAUUUGAUGGCUUUCUGGAUCAGGAAGAGGACAUCCAUCUUCACAUCAAUAAGUGGUCCCCGCGAGUGCCUAGCUGCAUGGGUCAUUCUAUCUGGCAUGCGCCAAAUGGGUAUGAACGGAAGGCAGAGCUGGUCCUCAAGCCUUUCGAAGAGGAAGACCCAUGGGGCGGAAAAGACGUCCAGUGGAUGAUGAAGUUGGCAUUGGCAGGCACGCAUAGUCUGGCAGAGGAAGUAAGGGCGAUAGAGGAAGGACCGGAUCAGGUAGAAAGGCACGAGGAGUUGAUGGGAGGGAUGUAUCUCCUCGUCAAUACGCUUCUACAAGGAGACUUUGAUCAGAUAGGCUCAUUGAAUCCGGCUGAGAAUGAGGAAGUGGUGUCGAAAAGCCAGGAUGACGAGUUUGAGGAGGGAGAGAUCAAAGAGGCAUUCCGUGCAGAGGAGUAUGAUGGGAUCUACCUGGAACUGGGACUUCUCCUAUCAUGUGAAAUGCGGAAUAGAGAUGCCAGCGAUAGAGCCCAAAGGAUGAUGCAACGCUAUUUGGUAAGGGAUGGUCAUCUUUUCAUAAAGAGGCAAGUGGGAAAUCCUAGGAGGGUCGUAUGCGGCAGGAGCCGUCAGAUCGAUGUUGUAGCUGCGCUUCAUGAUGGCAUCGCAGGAGGGCACCGAGGAGUUAGUGCCACAUAUGCCAAAAUGAGUGAGCUAUAUUAUUGGGACGGGAUGAUGGAGAUGGUUAGUAAGUUCUGCCGGUCCUGCGUUCCUUGUCAAGAACAAUCUCGUCUGAGGCCAGGAGAGCCGUUGCAUCCAAGACUAGAAAGGGAAGUAGGGGCCGUAGUACAUCUCGACUUACUCUUCAUACCACUUGGGGAUCAUGGCUACAAUUAUAUCUUCGAUGCGCGUGACAACUUGUCUGACUUUGUGGAUGGCCGGGCUAUUCGUACAAAGACCGGGCCAGUCUUGGUUAGUUGUAUCGAGGAGUAUUACCUGCGCUAUCCCUUUGUCAGAGAGUUCGUAAUGGAUAGAGGGUCGGAGUUUACCUGCCAGGCGGGACAAGAGCUGUUAUCAAGGUACGGCAUGGUAGCUAAUUACACCACGGUCGCGCACCCCCAGGCAAACGCUGCAGUGGAGAGAGGACACAACACCAUCACGAGUCUUCUGGCUAAAUGGACUGAGGGUAGACCUAAUCAGUGGCCAAGGUACCUGAGGGCGGCAUUCUUUGUCGAGAAUAUUACGGUGAAAAGGACCACUAAAUACGCACCGGCCACACUAUGGUAUGGGAGACACGCUACCUUCCCGAUCGAGAGCUUCCUAAAGACUUGGAGGCGUCAGGAUCUGGAGGUCAAUCUGUCUUUUGAGGAAUUGCUCGAUAUUCGAGCGCGGCAGGUGGGCGCGAUAGAGAAAAGAAUUCAGGAGGCGUCCAACCAAGUGGAGAAAAGCCGUAUGGAGGAUAAGGCUCGUUGGGACCAGUCGGCGCGAGUAAGGAAAGUACCCUUGGCCGUUGGGGACGUUGUACUCCUGUAUGAUUCAUCCUUGGAAAAGCAGUGGUCCAGGAAACUCGACAAGAGGUGGUUAGGUCCCUACCGGAUUGUGCGACGCGGAGAUUUCGACGCAUAUCAGAUUGAAGAUCUAAAUGGGACAGAGUGGAAGGAUUGGGUGUCGGGAGCAAGACUGAAAAAGUCUGACUUUACGAAGACAGCCAUGCCAAGAGGAGGGAGGGGGACGAGGCCGUCACGGAGGUCGUUGGGAGCAUCAGGAGGGUACGAGCGGCAUGGGUCUCACCACCGAGAAAGUACGCCAGUGUACGACGAUGGGGAUAUUGAGUUGUUCCUGGACGAGUUCUGGGGGUAUGCGGAUCAUAUGGGCUGGGCUAUGACCCAAGCAAUCGAGAGGCUGGGAGGGGCCGACAGGUUCGCAGAGCCCAUUGCACCGAUUCGUAGGGAGGCAAGGACAAGGCCUGAGGUGGAGGCAAGGAUGCAGGAGCUACGACCAUCACCUGUGGGACCUGACGGCAUACCGAUCCGCCUGGAGAUCGGGAAUGCAGAGGAAUUCAUUCCCGCCUUCGAGCAGUUCAUGCAUGGUCAGGCCGAGAGAGAGAUUAAAGCGGAGAUUCCAGAGAGAGUCGACCGUCGCACGAGAGAGAGAGUGCCAGCAGGGGAGACGGCUGAGGAAAAGCGGGCCAGAGUAGGGAAGCGCUUGGAAGAAAUCUGGCAAGAGAGACAGAGAUUGGAAGAGGCAGGAACACUCCCGGACCAGCCACCACCGCAUGGGCCAUAUGGAAUCAAGGAGAUAUGGGAUGAGUUCCUUGAUCAGCAUGGCGAGGAACUGACGGCUCCAGAAAAGGCAGAAGUCGGAACCUCGAAGAAAGCAGAUGAGUACUUGGACCGAAAGAUCCGCUCCCUGUCCACGACAUCCUUCGACAGAUAUAUGAUGUUGGAAGCUGAUCUGAGAGGGAAAGAGAUGGAGGUAAGCCAUGGAGUAUGUUUGGAGGCCGUCGAAGCUGAGAUCCGAGAGCUCCGAGCACUGGCGGCUAGUAAGGCUGUCAUCAUUCAGGACUUGAGACAGCAACUUCGAGGUGAGACUGGUAGGGUUGACAGAGAGGGGCCAGGGAAGGCAGUGAACAGGGCAGAGAGCAGCAGGCAAGGAGAGCAGUGGCAGGCAGGACAUGGCUUAUCAGGACAACCAUCCGCUGCUAAGCUUCAGCAGGGGUCAUCAAUGGGAAGAAUCAUCUUGAACCUUGAGGAGGCAAAAGCCAAGAGAGAAGCAGAGAGAGAAGCCUUCGAGUUCAUAGACCCUACUGAACUCGCCACACUGCCUAUAGUAGUUGCGGAACCCGCCAUGCCACCUCCAGUUGAGGAGGGGCGGCCGAUUGCCAGCAGUGAGCCAGUCCAGGGCUCAACAGAGGGGUCUAUGGAUGUGCUUCUCGAGGCGGUUCACUUUGUGCAGGAGGAGGCAAGCCUAUGUUCACCUGAGCAAAGGAUAGAGGAGCCUCCUGAGAGAGAGAUGGGGGGUGCGAUAGAAGGCGUCAUCGAGGGCAGGCCCCAGAGGUUGGAUACGCCCGAGUAUAGGCCAGAAGGGGUUGGGAUGCGACUAGGGCCUAGUACUCAGGAGUUGGGGACAGAACCUGAGGAGUCUAUGGACGUGCCUCAGAGUUACGAGCUGGGCAGAGAGACUAGCAAGACGCCAUCAUCACUAGGAUCUCAGAAGGAGAAGAAGAAAUCCAAGAAGUGGUUCGACGCAUCCUGCUACUUUUGCAAAAAGGAAGGCCAUCGAGCCUUGCAGUGUCCAAAGUAUAUCUUGGAUGUGCGAGACAACUUGAGUGGGUUCGUGGAGGCGGUCGCCCUAAAAAAAAAGACAGGGAGGAGUGAGGCAGACUGGAUAGAAGACUUCUACUUAAGGCAUCCGUUCGUCAGGAGGUUUAUAGCAAGCAAUGGGACGGAGUUUGUGAACCAAGAAGUAUUGGGGAUGCUUAAGAGACUCUGCGUACCGAUCAAACUCAUCGAGCCGUAUCACCCUGAGGCCAAUGCACCUGUGGAAAGGGGGCACCGAACCUUGAAGAACACGAUUGCAAAGCUCGCUGCAGACCAUCUGGGGAACUGGCCUAGGUAUCUUAAGCAGGCUGUCUUUGCAGAGAAUAUGACCCCUAAAAGGACAACAGGAUGUAUCCCGACAGAGCUUUGGUACGGAAGAGAGAUCGACUUUCCUGUGGAAGCCUUGGUACCUACCUGGAAUAGGUUAGAUGAUGAUCCGCAAAUGACCACUCAAGAGUUAAUCGAGGCAAGAUGUCAACAAAUCCUUAAGAACGAGGAGGUCAUGGAAGCCAUCGCCAACUGGGUACUGGACAACAGAAUGAGGGACAAAACAAGGUGGGACCAGGUUAAGAAUGUCAGAAAGGAGCCACUUCAAGUUGGAGAGUUGGUAUUGUUAAGGAACUCGGCACUAGAAAGUACUUGGUCGGGACAGCUGGGAAGGAGGUUCAAAGGCCCCUACCAGGUCGCCAAGCGGGUGGGACAGAACACCUUCGAACUGGAAGAUUUGGAUGGAACUGGAUAGAAAGGCCCCUUCCCGGGGCAACGAUUGGUCAGGUUUCUAAGUCGGGACCCAGUGGAACAAUGGCUUCAGGAGGCCAAAGAUAAGGAAACUGAGGAGCCACAAGCUAAAGACUGACCACAGCCUUGCGUACACUAUGGUUUGUCUCUGACCAUGUUCAUGGGACUGUCAUUUUUUUGGGGACUGGCGCUUUGGCUUUAACUGACUGAGGUUGAAAGGCAGCGUGACUUGGGGGUUUGCAAUAUCUGGCUUGUGUGACAACGGGAAGGGAUGUAUGGGGCACUGUACCAUAGUCUUUGACUGAAAAAAAAAUAAAAAAUAAAAAAAUGGGGUCAUCACAAACGACGCAUUCGCAUGUAUAAUAGGGGUAUGCUGCGAAGAAUGUUAAUAGCAUUCGGGGAAAAGGGGGGGGACUACCUACCAGACUGGGGGAAUGGGUGCAUGAGGAGCUUUGCGGGUGUUGUUUUGUUAUACAGGGUCUAAAAGAAAAGAGAAGAUGGAGUUCGGUGACGAAAAUGACAGCGGGGCAAUCAACAGGCCUACCGGAG